UAAGAUUUAAUUAAUUUUGUUUGAUGUAUGUGAAUUUUCAGGGGGUGUAAAUAUCCACUAGCCUGACACCUGGGACUACCAAAGUUUCAACUUAGGCUAAUGUGAAUUCCAUACAUACUAGCCAGGGACUAGUGUGGUUCUGCUUGUAUAAAAUAAAUGGUGCAAAACUGAUGGGGUAUACAGACUGAUGCGCUGGUGGCAAAAAUUUUUUUACCAAUGCUUAGAGGAUAAACAAAGAUUGAGAUGGCUUUGUGUGAGAUAAUAAUGUCUGCAUUAAAGCGAAUAUUUCACUGGGGACCACUGAUUGCCCUAUUUAUCAUCAAGUCCAUAACCUUCUCCACACUGUACAUGACAUCCAUGUUUCUUCCACCAUUAGGGAGUUUGUGGGGGUGUUUUAAUCAUAUAGUAUUUCUGAGUUUAGUAGGAUGUACAUUAUACAAUUUCUUCAUGGCCAUGUUUGGAGGACCAGGGUUUGUUCAUUUUGGGUGGAAACCUGCUAAGGAAGAAAAUUUAAAAUUCUUGCAAUAUUGUACCUUUUGUGAAGGCUACAAAGCUCCCCGAGCACACCAUUGCCGGAAGUGCAAAAGGUGUGUUAUGAAGAUGGACCAUCACUGUCCAUGGAUUAAUACAUGUUGUGGUCACAAGAAUCAUGCCCACUUCACUUUCUUUUUGUUCUGUGCAGUAUGCGGUUGCUGUCAUGCAACAGUGCUUCUUAUUAUCGGUCUUUACCGUGCCUUUCAUUUGAGUUGGUACUUCUAUUAUGGGGAUCGUGAGCAUCUUGUAUAUCUGACCCUAUAUCCUCUGGUUUGCACAGUUUUCAGUUUGGGAUUAGCAAUUGGGGUUGUUAUUGCUGUAGGGGGACUUUUUCUUAUUCAGAUGAAAAUAAUCUUAAAAAAUGAAACAAGUAUAGAGAACUGGAUUGUUACUAAAGCAUUGUCUCGUGCCAGGCCAGAAAAGCAAAAAUUUAUUUAUCCAUAUAGUUUAGGAUGGUGGCAAAACCUACAAGAAGUUUUUCCCUUACCAAAAGGUGAUGGUUUGACUUGGCCAGUUGUUAAAGGCUGUAGUCAGUAUACCUUAACUAUGGAACAGCUAUGCCUAGAUCUUCUUAAUUGA